UUGGAGUUCCUUUAAACAGCCAUGGAUGCUAAUAACACCUUAUAUAUAAACGGGGACCGUCAAUUGAAUAUAAAUAUACAGUAUUCGUUAUUAAAUUAGUACUUGAGCCAAUAGUUGCAAAUUGUUUAUAGCAAUGAAAGUUGUGUUGCUUUUGGUGGUCGUAGUCGGCGUGGCUUUCGGUGAGGAAUAUACCUCAAAAUUCGACAAUGUCGAUCUGGACCAAAUCUUAUCAAGUGAUCGGCUGUUACGCAAUUACAUUAAUUGUCUGCUGGAGAAAGGAAAGUGCACGCCUGAUGGCACUGAACUGAAAAAAAAUUUGCCCGAUGCCCUGGAAAAUGAAUGUUCCAAAUGCACUCCCAAGCAGCGGGACGGGGCGAAGAAAGUGAUUCGUUACCUCAUCGAGAACAAACGCGACUACUGGGACGAGGUGGCUGCCAAAUACGACCCAGAAGGCACUUAUUACAAGAAAUAUCAGGAGCAAGCCAAAAAAGAAAAUAUAAAAUUGUAAACAGUCGAUUUACUUACACGAAAUGGUAGUAGAAAUAAAGUGAUUAAUCAGUUAAAUCUU